AUGUGCGCCCUCGCAACCUUCGGCCGCCUGACGAUGGUCGAAGCGUGCACCCACGAGGACUCGAAUCUCGGGAAGGUGUGCGACGAGAAGGGCUACCACUACGAGCGGCUCGGCCUCUUCAACGAGAACGACCUCAGCAAGCCGCAGGGCUACCACAAGGCGAAGUUCCUGCUAGACGAGAAGCGCCCGGAGCUCUUCGUCAGUACACCACCCUGCGGUCCAUGGUCGAUAAUGCAGAACGUCAACCAGCGCAACGAUCAACAGAAGGAGAACCUUCGCAGGAAGCGGCUCAAGAGCCAGCGGAUCUUCGAGAACAACAAGAGGCUCAUCGAGCACCAGGUGCUCAACCUGAACGGCUCGGCCCUCGCCGAGCAGCCCCACAACAGUCGUUCGUGGCAGAAGACCUGCUGGAAGGAUCUCCACAAGAUCCUACCGUACGAGGUGAUCGUGGAUGGCUGCGCCUGCGGACUACGAGCCCCUGACACGGGCGAGCUCAUGAAGAAGCGCUGGAAGUUCUUGACGAAUGACAGGAGGAUCUGGGUAGCCCUACAACCUCUACAGUGCCGUGGAGGACACUACCACGAGGAGAUAGAGAGCAGCUUGAGGACCGAGGCCUCGGGCUCCUACCCCAAGAUGCUGUGCCGCCGGAUCCUCAGGGCUCUGACCAAGAGCCAGAACCAGAACUACUUCGAGGACGAGGUUGUGAACUGCCUCUGCAUGGCAGCUACCCAGCAGCCACCGACAGAGCCUACGCCAGAGGAGGACGAGCCGACUCUCCCACCACGAGACGGCAAGGAAGCGCACAACCUCACCAACGAGACGGUCAAGAAGCUCGAGAGCUACAUCAGAUUGGUGCUUUUUGACGCUUUCUCGUGGAUCCGUCGCAGCACGAACACGAACGUGAUGGCGCUGGCGAUACUCGACGCCGGCUCGGACAUCCUCUACGUGCGGCUGAUCGACGAGAAGCCGAUCCCGGGUACUACCCGGCAAGUUCGUGCAGGCGACCUUCGGCAUAUUUUUGCUACAAAAUGGUUCCCCUGGAUGGGACGCCCGAAGGUCAUGCGCUACGACCCUGCCGGCAGCGCCAUCUCCGACGAGUUCCGCGAGUGGAUCGAGAGCCAGGGAGUCUACUGUCUCCCAUGCGCGGCCGACGCCCACUGGCAGAUCGGCAAGAUCGAGCGUGCCAUCGAAGCCUUCAAGGAGGCCCUCGACGCUUUCGACGAGAUGGUCUCAGCCGAAGUACCCACCAGCGAGAUGUUCGGACUCCAGACGGCGGCCAGGAACGACCUGAUCAGGAUCGACGGGUUCAGCCCGCUGCAGCGCUAUGCGGGACGGACGCCGACUGGGACGACAGUCAAUCUGUCGGACGAGCCGAACAACCUGCCGCUCAUCAGUGCCGAGCUGCAGGACGGUACCUUCAGCAGGGACGCCCAGGUACGACGAAUGGCGCGGCUGGCUCACAUCCAGACCGAGAACUCUGACCGAGUCAAGCGAGCGGAGGCCGCGCGCUUCAGAAGGGACAGCCUCGCUCAAUGCCUGGGCGAGGACGCUGGUACGGACCUGGACGAGUACUUUGUCACGAGCCAGCGAGCUCGGGACACCGACCUGCCGGGGACCUGGACCUUCGGCGAUGUCCAGAAGCAGCUCGACACGAAUGAAGUGAUCGACUUAUCGAACGAGUCCCCGCCCACUGGCGAGGACUGGAAGAGCGACCUCUACCUGGACCGCGACCUCCCAGAAGGCGGCCACGAAGCUGGACUACCCGAGGCAGCUGAGCAGCCCAUCGAGGAGGAGAUCGUCAUGGAAGCCCCUCCCGGCGACGACCAGGAGGAGCGCGCGUCGCAGCGGCCCAUCGUGGCGGAGACUGACGAUGACCUCGACGAUAUCUCAGCGCCCGACGUGAACGAUAAGCGCCGGAUCCGAGAGCCCGGCACAACCGAGCCCCCGGCUAAGAAGCAGCGGGUCAACGCUGCGACCCAGGAGGCCUUCUCCUACUACCUGCAGGAGGGCAACUUCUACAGCGACUAUGCCUACAGUGUCCAGCAGUACGACGAUAUGAAGGAGAACGACGAACUUAUCGUGCUGGACAUCCCUGUCAGCAACGAGCAUGCGUUCAUGGCCUACAUGGACGAUCCCAGCAACUUCGUGGCAUCGCAGGCCCGCAAGGGCCGAGUGGAGGUCUCAUUUAAGAAGGCGACGCCUGAGGAGAAGAAGCUGCUACUCGAGGCCCAGCAGAAGGAGUGCACCUCAGUCCUCAGCACGAAGGCCGUCAGGAUCCUCAGCCGACAGGGGAUCGACCCGGCGCGCCUGCUGCGCUGUCGCUUCGUGCUGACCUGGAAGAAGGACACGCUCAAGACGCUGCAGCUGGAAGUGAUACAGUGCGAGCCGUGCGUCUGGGUCAUUCGAGACGGCACGAAGCUGGUUGGCAUGGUUAUCCUACACGUCGACGACAUGAUGAUCGCCGGCGACCAUCACAACUCGGCAUUCCUCAAGAAACGACAGCAGAUACAACAGGCCUUCGAGUGGACACCUUGGGAGAGCCGAGCGUUUGUGCAGUGCGGCAUCAGUAUUCGACAGAAUGAGGACUACACCUGCAGUCUCGCACAGGACAGCUACAGCCUGAACGUGGAGCCCAUCAAGAUACGACGUGGACGCAAGCCCACGGAAGGAGUUUCAGACAAAGAGAGAUCAGAUCUACGAGGCCGACUUGGUACAGUCGGAUGGCGAGCUCAGCAGUCGGCCCCGUGGCUCAGUGCAGAAGUCUCUCUACUCCAAGCGGAGAUACCUACGGCGACGGUCUCUACCAUCCAGAAGAUCAACAAGCUGAUCCGCACCAUGAAUGACACUGCCGACGUAGUCAUGCUCAUCCCGGCCAUCGAGCAGAUCGCUGUGGUUGGCUGGGGCGAUGCUGCCUGGGCCGCUCGCAUUACUGGCGAGUCCCAGGGUGGCGAGAUGAUCGUGCUGGCACCACUGUCUUUCCUGAGUGGCUCGACAGAGACGGUAGCGCCUAUCUCAUGGAGAUCAUGCAAGUUACCUCGAGUGGCCAGAAGCAGUACGAGUGCGGAGGUUCAAAUGAUGACAGAGACCCUCGACGAGAUCAGCUACGUGCGCCUGUUCAUCUACGAGUUAGAGUGCGGCCAGGUGGACUACACCAACAAGCAACACGUGAACGACGCCAUCUCAUCCUGCCCUGGCGUACUGGUCACAGACGGUAAGUCGGGCUACGACGCGAUCGAGAAGAGCGAGUCAGCUGGUCUCGGCCUACGUGACAAGCGGACGAGCAUCGAGUGUCUAGGCAUUCGACAGCAGAAGGAGCAGACGGCCCUCCAGAUACGCUGGGUUCACAGCGAUGCCAUGCUAGCCGACGGCCUCACCAAGGAUCGAGCCGCCAAGGUCUUGCUAGAGUUCUUCCGGUCAGGUCAGCGCUGGAGACUCGUGGACGACCCCCUGCACCGCAGUGCUAGGAAGCGCAAGACCGAGGGCAUGGACAGGCUGGACCACGGCAAGCCGUUAUCAGCAGACGACGAUGAAGCUAUGCUGGAGGCCCUGAUCUACUUCGCUCGCGACAAUCCCUACGAGCAGGAGACCCCUGCCGGAGAUAUAGCCCUUUGGGGCACUGUGAAGCCUCUCACGCGCUCUGUGCUUUCUGUGAAUUCAGUGGCCAGAGGCAGGUCUCGAUGCCGUAACAUCGAUCUUUAG